AUGAAGACAUUCAUCACGCUCGCUGCUCUCGCUGUCGGCUCCAACGCCCUUGUUGGCCGCAGUGAUAGCUGCUGCUUCCACCUCACCUCCUCUGGCGGUGCCUCUGGUGAACUCGGCCAAUUGGACGAUGGCCAGAACCGCAUCGGUGACAACAGCCUGUCUCCCGCUCAGUACUGCAUCGACGCUAAGGGUGCCAUCACUGAUGCCAAGGGCCGUGGCUGCAUUCUCACUCCCCCCACUACCCAGCUCCAGUGUGACGAAGGUGCUUCUCCUACUCCUGGUUUCUCCAUCAACGCUCAAGGCCAGCUUGAGUUCAAUGGCAGCACCGACUUCGUUGCCUGUGCCACUGGACAGAACGGUGGUCUCAACGUCUACACCACUCCCAACAAGGCCGAUGUCACUGGCUGUGUGAACGUGGAGUUGAGUACCGACUCCUGCUCCAACAACGGCGCGGGUUCUGGUUCCGGUGGCUCGUCAUCUUCCGGUCCUUCCCCUUCUGGUCCCCAGUCUACUCCCGUUGGCUCUGGCGGCUCUGGUGAAGGCUCUGGCUCCACUCCCACUCCCUCCGGUGGAGGUAGCACUCCCUCCGGUGGAGGUAGUGGUAGCCCUCAACCCUCUAGCCCUGGCUCCGGUUCCGGCUCUGGAUCUGGAACUUCCGUCCCUGCUCCCUCCGGAGGUGGCGGUGGUGGCUCGCAGCCAUCCAGCCCUGCAUCUGGCUCUGGUGAAGGCUCCGGCUCUUCUCCUUCCGACGGUGGCUCCGGCGAGCAGCCCGCUCCUUCCGCUAGCAUGCCUGCCCCAUCUGGCGGCGGUGGAUCUCCUCCUUCCCAGUCUGGCGGUGGCGGCGGCUCUCAACCCUCUGGAUCGGCUUCUGUUCCCGCUCCCUCCGGUGGGGGUAGUGGCUCUCAGCCCAGUGGCUCUGGUAGCGCAUCUGUCCCUGCCAGCUCCGCAUCCUCCACACCUUCAUCCACUACGGACUCUUGCCCUACCACUCUCACCACUGGCAGCUAUGAGACUCCUCACCUGAUCAUCCCCGUUGACUCUGAGUCGCCCGACUCCGCGGCUGGUACUUCCUUCAACGGCACCGUGAGCUCCUCCAUCUCGAGUGCUUUCAACUUUGAUAUCCCCUCCUCCGAUGCUGGCAAGACUUGCAGCCUCGUCUUCCUCUUCCCCGAGCUUCACGACCUCGAGACUUCCUCCUUCAGCUUCAGCGGUGAUGGCAAGAUCGACUUUGCCCAGCUCUCUUCCGCUGUCGACGAGUCUACCACCUUCAGCAGCCUGCCUUCCGUGUCCAAGGACUUCGGUGACAUCACUGUCUCGCCUGGAAACUCCUAUGUUGUUUCCACUUUCGCUUGUCCCGCCGGUCAGACCGUCGCAUACGAGUUGAAGGCCUCCAGCGGUACCGAUCUCAACUUCUUCCAGGACUGGAACCCCUCUCCUCUCGGUCUCUUCAUCACCACUUGCUAA